UAAAGAAACAGCCAAGUAUUAACAUUUUUUUUAAAAAAAUCUCCAUAUUAAAAAGAGAUAUUUUAACAGCUAAAAAUGAAAAAAAAAAACAAAAAAAAAAAGAAUUAAACCACUAAAAACCCGAUUAAUGUGAGGAUAAAAAGAAAAGAACGCUCAUUAAUUUAGAUUUAGAAACUGAUUAACGUUCAUUAAGUUCAAGAAAAAGUCGCUCUAGCUCUCACCCUUAGUAUCGCUCUCGCUCUCACCCUUAGUAUCGUCGCCGUCGUCUCUCUCUCUCGGUGCGUUUUCCUUCGAUGGCUGCUUCAGAUGGAGGAAGUUCAUUGCCCGUGGAGGUUUUCAUUCAAAGCCUCACUGAUAAAGCUUCUGAGUUGCUCGGACUCAAGAAGUUCGACGAAGCAAUCGUAUGUCUCAGGAUAGCUCGGGAAUUGAGUGAAUACCACUUGGGAGAUGUUGCGAUUCUCAGUGUAAGCAUGAAGCUGCUUUCUUGUUUGGUUGAGAAGGUGUCCCUUGAGACCCAAAAGGAUGGCAUAAAGAACAUGAUUGAGGAGGGUAUGAUAAUAUUCAACCAGAUGAAGAUCUUGGCAGGCAAGGCUGAUUAUGAUUCAGUAGCUAAAGUGUACUGCGAUCUUGGAGAUUCUGCUCUUAAAAAAGGUGAGGUUGAUUUGGCUUUGAAAAUCUACAGUGGAGCGCUCUUUUUUGUAGACAGUGUGGCAGAUUUACUAAGUAGCCUAGUCUACACUAAGCAUCAGGCUAUAAUGAACUUUGCUAUGGCAUCUUGCCUAGAGCAAGCAAAGAAGCAUGGGGAGGCACUCAGGCAUUGCGAGAUAUCUGUAUUAAAGUCUGGUGCUUUACUCAACAUGAAGGAGACUGCCAAGGACAGGAAGAUUAAACUCUUGCAUCUUCGUGGACUUGAGAAGAUGGAGGUGCUGAAGUAUGCUGAUGAGAUACCACUGCCGAAGGAACAUGUGGUAGUAGACCCACCACAACCAUCUGCAACCUUUCUGGCUAAGAAGAGGGCGCUUGAAGCUGCUUUAAGGAGGUGAGGCCAGUUGCAGAGCAGUGACUCAGGUAGUAAAUAUAUGAGAGGAGACACUUUUGUUUGAUUUUGCGCAACUUUCAUAGACUUUCUGUAACAGACUUCGCAACUAUUCAUGCAUAGCCAUAGACUUGAAUCAGAGUUGUGUUGCAGUGGCUGUAAAUAAAUAAAAAGAAGAGAGAGAUUUUUGUC